CGAGCAUGCUCACGCCCCGGCAGCCUCGCGCCCAGGCCCAGCCUCCGCCCGCUGCCUGCCCUCGCGGCCGCUCGCACGCCGGCUGGCAGCUCUGCGGCCGCGCUUGCUGGCGCGCCGUCCGACCAUGCACCUGGCGUGGCCUGCAGCCGACCGAGCACAGCGCUCCGGCUCGCCCUCCACGCCGCGCCGGCGGCCUCUGUCUGCAGCCGUGCUUCUUUUGUCCCGUCGCAACGCACCUAUAUUAUUAUUUUAUUUUUCUAAAAUAGUACCUUGCCAUCUAACAAAAAAGUUAAGAGACUAAGAAUGACCCGAAGUUGCUGCAAGUCAAGAAAUUUAUACUAACACACGGAUCAGAUCGGUAUUAUUUGAUUGAAUCUGACUUCCGGCUCUACGUCUCAUGGUCUUCUUAAGGGGUCACGGAGGGCUCUCCUAGCUCUUGCAGCAUCCUGAGUUGGAGGCUUGAAUCCCUGUAGGCUUUCUGAAGGAAGAAGAAGCUCUGCUUUGAAUAGAGGGGCGCAACCACGGCUGAAUAUCACCGCGUGGAGAAUAUGGAACUGGACUUGAGAAAUACAACGCCAACAACCUUCUGGCAUAAGCCGAAAGAUGUGUGGGGAAGCCCAAGGGGGACAGUGCUCCGUAUCCAGGCAUUGGCAGUAGUGGCCAUCAUCAUCGCAUUCCUCCUUGUUGCCUUUGGGUCGUGCCGCCGCUGGUCCAAUCGUUGGAUAAUCCAAAAGGGCUUCUUUGCAGCACAUGCUUUAUCUCUAUCCCUUGGGAUCUACAGCAUUGGCAUAAUGCAAUCUUCAUCGGUGAAGAGCGAGAUGUAUCCUAUAUGGACGGUAUCGUUAUUCACCCUCUUCAGCUCUGUUGAUCCAGUCACCGCAUAUAAUGGCCUUGACUACAAAGGUCCACUCUCAAAGAUGGUAUAUCAGAUUUGCCUCUACUUUGGAUAUGUCUUUCUGAUGAGUAUCUCAAUCAUUUCCAGUAAUGUUGGUAACACAGCCAUCAAUGUUUUGUCUGCCAUCUCAUUCAUCAAGGGUUUUCAUAGAUCAUUGGCGCUUCUGCAACAAAGCAGAAUGCGAAAAAUGGUACAAAAGAUAAAGGAUGGUGGCGGGUUGUUGAUGUUAGCAAGAUCCUUGCAGCAACGACGGCAUUUGCUCCUCGAGAUUCCUGAUGACCUUCCCAAAGACAUUACUCCCGAAGACAUUCAGGAAUUUGAGAGACGCGGCGAAGGUUUUUGGAUGUUUCCUGAGAUAGUUAGCAUGGCUGAUAUAGAUGAUGUAUGCAAACGUGAGGAUAAGCUGGAGUCCUGUUAUGAUGUGUGCGUUAGCUUCUGUCUGUCUCAUAAGUUGCAACGGUAUUUUCUUGGGUUGAAUGAUCAUGAUUCUGUGACAGUGAACAUGGAUGACUUCAAGGAUACGGAUGACAAUUACACCCUGUCGAAAAAUAAACAAUUGCAGAUAGAGAAGCAAAUUCUCUACGAGGAACCCAAGCCUGUUGUUGACUACAAGCGGGCCUUGAAGGUGAUUGAGGUUGAGUUGGCUUUUCUCUACGAUGUUUUCUUCACGGGCAACGUAUUCCUUCACUACUAUCAACCAAAAGCUGCUAGUUUGUGGUCAUUGGCUUCAUUCACUGGGAUAUGUUUUGUGGGUAUAGUAGCUGCCAUUCCUGGGACAAGGGCUAGCCGACCUACUACUUCUCAUGGUCCUGGCGCCUCCACCAUCGUUGUGGAUACAACAACUCUAGAUCUUGUUAUUACUCUUGUCAUUUUGGUGUCCCUGACUCUGGUUGAAUUAACGCAGUUGAUCAGGUGCUGGGCAUCAAACUGGGCCAAAGUGGCUGUUGUCUCUGAGUACGCCCGGGAAAUGAGGAAAAAAUUCAAGGAAGCCGUGUGCUGCAAGGGGGAUCAGGGGGAGGAGGAUGACAGAAUGAAGUGGUCUUGGCAGAUGAAACUGAAAGCAUUUGUUGUUACCCGCACUAAUCUGUGGUUUGACAAGUACCUCUGGCAAGAUAAGCUUGGCCAGUAUUCACUAAAGGAUAAAGAGGGAAGCAGUUAUGACAGCAGCAGCGACAGAAGAGGAGGAAUUAUUUCCUGGCUUCAAACGGCUUAUAAGAAAUGUCAUAGGUUCAUUCGGAUGAUUGGAUUGGACUACAUCAGAGAGGUCUUGUGGGACUUGUUGGGCAGAGACGGCAACAAAGGAGCGGCCAUCAGGCUGGACAACGACGUGAAAAGAUCCAUUAUCAAAUUUCUUGAGCAGAUCAGGACCGACACAAUAGAUGGGAAUUGGUUUUCCUUUCUGACUGAGAACGGACUAGCCUUGGACGAAGUCCCCUAUGGUACUAAAGCAAGGUCUGAGCAAUUGUACGCGCACUUUGUUGUGCAGUGGCACAGUGUGACAGCGGUUAGCAGAGCAUGAUAAGCAGGAGGAUGCCAU